AUGCGGACAGUACCGAAACAAAUGCAACAAAAUGGUGGCUCGAGGGGACUUUCAAAACAAUUGAUAACGAAAAAGUCAAAAAGGCCAAAGCAAAGAGGUUUGGGGAUUUUAGUAAUGGAACUGUCACAAUUAUUGAGUUGCCAACUGGUGGGCAAUGAAGGCACGGCCAGGAAAUUUGGUUACAUGUUUAUGGACGCCUUCCGUAAUGUCCCACCUCAAGAUGGUGUCGAUGAUUUGGGUGCGAAAAGUUUAUAUACAAACCUCCAAACAGACGAAUAUGAAGAACCAGACGCCUGUUUUGUGCCUCAACGUUUACUAAGUCCGCGGAUCCCAGCACGACACCCUUGUGAUCAUGAUGGCAACCCAUGGCCAACUAUCAUUCUUGAGGUUGCUUCCUCAGAAUCACUCGAACACGUAAAGGACAAGGUUAAUAAUUAUUGGCUGGUCCCUAACCGUGCCGGAGAUGUGAUUUUGAUCAAACUUGGAAAUUGGAAGAAAAGACGUCGUGAUCAAAACGGAAAUCCCUUGCGCCGUUUACUGUGCCAGAAAUUCUGUCGCCAUGCGACCCUUCAGCAAAAUCCUAAUGCGAAAGAAAACAUUCGAACCAAUUCAAGAGCAGUGAUUUCUUCCCUACCAUUUCCUCCUCAAACCUCUGCUCCUCUUGCUGUACCCGGAGUUGCGAUUGAUCUCUAUGACAUACAACAGUUAAUAUUUCGUCACGCGGGCCCGAAUUAG